AUGUGUGUGUGUGAGAGUGAGUGUUUCCUGUAUGAAUAGUUAAUGUUAACCACGUGGUGUGAAAGCAAGACUGCAGCUUCUUUUGUUCAAAUCAAUCAAACCGGAGAGACGGGCUCAGAGCUGCUGAAUCAGGAAAUCACCGCUUCUGUUUGAAAAAAGAAAAAAUGCCACGCAAGAAGGUGACAGAUGUCUCAGGGAACGGUGGGGUGAAGAAGAAGAGGACGAGCGGCAAAAGAAAAGAAAGGGACUUCAGCAGCGAUGACGAGUUCGACUAUGAGCAGGAGAACAACAAGAAACCCGGAAAACCCGCCGCCAAGUCCGGCCUCCAACCUGUCACGGUGGCAGACGACGUCAAGGAGAAAAUAAAACUGGACUGUCCAAAGGCUAAAGGGCAGCUGCUCAUCUUCGGAGCGACCAACUGGGAUCUGAUUGGAAGAAAGGAGGUGCCCAAACAACAAGCUGCUUUCCGUAACCUGGGUCAGAAUCUGUGGGGUCCUCACCGCUACGGCUGCCUGAAUGACGUGCCGGUCAGCUGCGUGGUGGCCGGUCCCUGUGCUGCUCACAGCCUGCUCAUGACCACCGAGGGCAAACUGUGGAGCUGGGGUCGUAACGACAAAGGCCAGCUGGGUCACGGAGACACCAAACGUCUGGAGGCUCCAAAGCUCAUCGAGGCACUUGCGGAUCAGGUGAUCGUUUCUGCAGCCUGCGGACGCAAUCACACCCUGGCACUCACAGAGGACGGCACCGCGUACUCUUUUGGUGAGAACAAACUGGGCCAGCUCGGACAAGGGAACCAGACCGACGCCGUCCUGAGCCCGGCUCCGGUCUCCUACAACGGUCAGCCGCUGGUGAAGGUGGCGUGUGGCGCUGAGUUCAGCAUGGUGGUGGACUGCAAAGGAAACCUGUACUCCUUCGGCUGCCCCGAGUACGGACAGCUGGGCCACAACAGUGACGGGAAGUUCAUAGCUCGCGCUCAGCGCAUCGAGUUUGACUGCGAGCUCAUCCCUCGCCGUGUCGCCAUCUUCAUCGAGAAGUCCAAGGACGGCCAGGUCACACCCGUACCCAACGUGGUGGUCCGAGAUGUGGCCUGUGGAUCCAACCACACGCUUGUUCUGGACUCUCAGAAGCGAGUGUUCAGUUGGGGUUUUGGUGGAUACGGGCGUCUGGGUCACACGGAGCAGAAGGACGAGAUGGUUCCACGACUCGUCAAACUCUUUGACUUCCCCGGACGCGGCGCCGCUCAGAUCUGUUCAGGCUACCAGUGUUCAUUCGCCGUCAGUGAGAUGGGGGGUCUGUUUUUCUGGGGCGUGACAAACACUUCCAGAGAGUCCACCAUGUACCCCAAAGCUGUGCAGGAUCUGUGUGGCUGGAAGAUCCGCAGUCUGGCCUGUGGGAAGAGCAGCGUCAUCGUCGCCGCAGAUGAGAGCACGAUCAGCUGGGGACCCUCUCCCACAUUCGGAGAGCUGGGAUACGGAGACAACAAACCAAAGUCAUCCACCACCGCUCAGGAGGUCAAGACCUUGGAUGGCAUCUUCAUGGAGCAGGUGGUGAUGGGAUACUCUCACUCGAUGGUCAUUGCCAGACAGGAAACCGAGCAGGAAAAGGAGAAACUGAAAAAGCUGCCCGAGUACAACCCCCGAACACUCUGAUUGGUCCUCCUGCAGCAACACCUGAACCUCUUUCUCCUGAGCAGAGGCCAGCGCUGCUCAGCAGGAACUCCGGACCUGAUGGUCUCUGCCGCUCUCGGUGGAAGUCUACAGGGUUUGAGUUCAGGAGGAGGAAGGGGGGACGGGGGGCAGGAUUCCUACACAUCUCAACUACCAGCAAAACUUGCUCUACAUCAAUUUGGACUCUGAAAUCUACUUAACUGGACUGGAGACAACGUUCUGUGUCUCUCCUCAAACAGUCACAUCCCAACCUCGAGUGAACCUGCAACAGUUCACUCCAAAGCACUUCACACCCAGCCGGUCGUGCUUCCCAAAAAAAAAACCCAACCUUUUUCUAUUUUGUGAUACAGCCAAACAUCCAUGUGUUCACAUCUCUCGUUCUGUUGUCGGUGUUGCAGUAUUUGAAAUGAUUUAAAAAAAAAAAAAAAUGUUUGUCACAUUUACGGGUGCUACAUCAGGACCCUCGGCGUUUUCUCGCUGAGGGCUUUUCAAAGACCAAUUCUCCAUACCUGUGCCUUUUUCUACGUGUUCGUUCAGGAUAUGGAAGUCUCGUUUGUGUUGUCCGGAGGAUCAGCUGAUCUCUCUGCGUCAGUGUAUAUACGUCAGUGUGAGCAGGUGUGCGUGUGUGCAGCUGCCACAGAUUACAAUCAGGAUUCAGAACGUGAUGUUCUGCGUUAGUGCACUCCACUCGAUGUUACAUUCCUUUCGUUCUUCUUGUGUUUGCAUCCACGAUGCACACCUCAGUCCUUCCAAGACCUCCGGGUCUGCUCGCUCUUUAUAGUCUUUUUAUUUUUUAUUUUGAGUAAAAGUAAUGAUUCCAACGCUCAAAGCGGUUUCACAAGCAGAACUUUUUAGAACCAGAGCGGUGAUGGUUCAGUGUGUCAUGUCGUGCUGAAAAUGAAGGCUUGUCCUU